AUGGAUUCUUCUACUUACAACGAGAGCACUACUGAUUCUGGAGAUUACUGGGCCAAAGAGGAUGCGGAAGCUAGAGAAGCAGAGGCUGCUAGAUACAGACGAGCCCAACGAAUCCUAAAAGCCCAAGCUUACAUGGAGCGCCAGAGGACUCACAAGUAUGAGCCAAGCCAGAUGGAUAAUAUGAUUACGGAUGCAUGUGGGGCCCUCGAGACGGUUGAUGGAGGUAUUACACAUCUCUCUUAUCUUGCCUUUGGCAACCCCACUCCCCCCAAGAGAAACGAUCGCAGCAAAAAUGUUACUGCAGAACAGGCUCAGAAACAGCAGACUGAGAAACAGCAGACUGAAAAACAGCAGACUAAGAAACAGCUGAAGAGAGCUGCUCGUCAUCUCACAAAACAAGAGAUUGAAGAGUACGAGCUCGAAGCACUACAGGCUCUGGUUGAGGGCAGGGAGCCAAAUGUUCCAGCCGACUUGAAGAAUGGCAAGCGUUCUGUUGAUCCUCCAAAUGGUUUCCGUGAAGACGAAACCAUCGAACGAGAGGCUGUGCUAGCAGUUAAAGGUGCAGUACACAACGACCAAGCGAGGGACCUCAACGAGCUGGAGAUCGAAAUCAAUUAUUACAUUGACAUGAUCAACAAAUACGAUGAUAUGGCAGCAAGGAAGAAACAAGAUGACCUCGUGGGAACAAGGAAGAGACAGGAUGACCUUAUGGAUGCAAUCAAGGACGUCGAGAGGAGGCACGAGGAACAGCAGCUCGAGCAGUUCCAGUACCGACGACAAAACGUGGCACAUGGAGACGAGCAACAAAUCUGGUCAUAUGUUGGUGAAUACUACACUGGAGGAUCUAGCCGGCCAACCAAUCCAACCCGAGCAGCUCCUUCUCCUGAAAAUAUGCUUGGGCGAAUGGUACCAAGACGCGAAACCGAGGAAUCGCGUGACGCUCGCGUGAGCAAGAUGCUUGACGCAUUGGACAACAGAAUCGCCAAGCAGGCAGCUGCUAGAACACAGCAUGAACAAGACGAUAAGUUCGAACGGGCACUUGGCAGACGGCAAAAGCGAGAUCUGUACGAUAAGAGCUUGUUGCUUGGGAUACUGGAGGACCUCCAUUUGAUUGAGAACGAGGAUCAGUCAGAAUCGAGCGAAAACUCCCAGACUAAGGAGCAAAAUCUGUCGUUGACCUUGGAUGAAUUGGACAAGAAGUUCUACGAAGAAGUCGAGGAAGCAGCAAAGGAGGAUUACAACGACUCUGAUUCCACUGAGGCGAAUAUGGAAGAUACUGGUAUCGUUGCUUCUCAAGAGGAAGCAGAUGGUGCCAUCUUUGAUAAUAGCUGUUUGGGGUGCGGGACUGUCGAAGAUGACCCAGGAACGAUCAACGGAGUUCCUCGAACCGUCGCCGAUACCACCAACGCCAUUGAUUCACAGCAGGUGGUAUACAUGAAUGAGGAAGGAAGUGAUGCAUCUGAAAACAGCUCGAAUCGAAAAAAUGAGGAGAGGAACUGUCAGGAGCAGCAACAAGAUCCACCUGAAAACAACUGGUUCCCUUUCCUCAGCUCGGCUCCGAAGAAGCGUGAAGCGUUUAUCCCAACAGAGAUCACGCUUGAAGAUCCUCCUGAAGAGGUUCGGGAAAACCCUGAACAGGGCAAGUCGCAAGUUCAUGUCAAGAAGGGCCUCAAGAUUGUCGCUGUUUUGGAGGGCCACAACGAGGACGAGCAGGAGGAAGUCAAAGUUGGAAGUUCCAAGAAACCAAUCAUGGUACAGGAGGAUCCUACUCCUGAAGCACCUGGACUUACUGGGUGCUGGGCUGGCUCACAACAUGACCUCCUGACGAGCGAAUAA